GAGAGAGAGAGAAAGGGUGGGAGGAGAAGCUGGGAGGAGAGUUGAAUUAAUGAAUUAAAAUGUCCUGAAUCCAGUUGAGUGACUGAAUAGGCUACUUUUUCAUUUAUAAGGAGAGACAAGUGAAAACUUGAGAGAAGAGGACAAUUCAACUUCUGCAUGAUCCCGAGAACCAUCACAGCUCCAGAUGCAACGGGAGACAUUGCAACUAUUUUAUGACAUAAUAACUCUGUAACGUUCCACCGGAACCGGUACUGACUGACACUCCAGUCUUAGAGCAACCAUUGAUUUAUCUUUUGUAAAUUCGGGAUUAGAUUAGUAGGCUACAGAAACUUGAUGAUUUUAACGUUUUUGUAAAAAUGGUUUUAUUGUUAGGCAUAUUACAAUUAUAAUGGCAAUAUCUAGAACUACAAUCAGGAUGGAAAUCUAUACGCAACUUUCAUUGUCUGUCUCGUGCUCAUGCGUGUGAGAGAACUGUCAACAAGUUCGCAUUGCUCCAAUCCAUGACGUCGAACUGAGUAAAAAGUCAACAAAUAGGCAAAUUGAUCGUAACAUACAUUUUUUAAAUGUGUUUUGGGGGAUACAAACACUUUUAAAAGUCUCAAAAUUGCAUUCAACAAUUGCAACAAAAGUCCUCUCCCUCUUCACCUCUCUCUCUCUUCACCUCUCUCCCUCACUCUAAUUUCCACCGUCACCCUCUUCCUUUCCCAUUUAUCCAUUCUAUCCCCCUUCACCCCCUACCUCACUCCUCCAUCAACCCCCCCUCCCACCAUCCCUCCCUUCUUCCCCUGAUAAAGCUGCAGCCAUGACGUCGGCCACUCCCCCCUCCUCGCGCGGCUCCUCCCCCCAGAAGGUGUGUCACUCCAUGACACAGACGGAGGUUCUGAAGCCGCUGCUGGGGGCAGGGGGGACGGCAGGGGUGGGGGCGGCAGCGGUGGCAGGGGGGGCAGCGGCGGCAGGGGGGGCAGCGGCGGCAGGGGGGGCAGCGACGGCGGUCUGCGCGCUCCGACGGAGAAGGCGCGUUCUCUCCAAGGACGGGCACAGCAACGUGCACAUCGAGCAUGUGAGCGGGCGUGGGGCGAUGUACCUGCGUGACAUCUGGACGACCUUCCUGGACAUGCAGUGGCGCUACAAGCUCUUCCUGUUCUCGGCCACCUUCGCCGGGACCUGGUUCCUGUUCGGGGUUCUGUGGUACCUGGUGGCGCUGGUGCACGGAGACCUGCUAGAGUUUGACCCUCCGUCCAACCACACCCCGUGUGUGAUGCAGGUGCAGACUCUGACAGGGGCGUUCCUCUUCUCACUGGAGUCGCAGACCACAAUUGGCUAUGGCUUCCGUUGCAUCACAGAGGAAUGUCCCGCUGCCAUCAUCCUCCUCAUCCUCCAGCUGGUCAUAACCAUGGUGCUUGAGAUCUUCAUCACUGGAACCUUCCUCGCCAAGGUGGCGCGGCCCAAGAAGAGAGGAGAGACAGUGAAGUUCAGCCAGUACGCUGUGGUGUCCAAUCACGAGGGCCGACCCUGCCUCAUGAUCCGUGUGGCUAACAUGCGCAAGAGCCUGCUGCUGGGCUGCUCGGUGACGGGGAAGUUGCUCCAGUCGUCCCAGACCAAGGAGGGGGAGACGGUGCGUCUGGACCAGAGGAACGUUCCCUUCCAGGUGGACACGUCCAGCGACAGCCCCUUCCUCAUCCUCCCCCUCACCUUCUACCACAUCAUAGACGACAGCAGCCCACUCAGAGCCUGGGCUGCCAAGGGAGGGGGAUGGACGGAUCCGGAUCUGGCAGACUUUGAGCUGCUGGUGAUCAUGAGUGCCACGGUGGAGCCCACCUCUGCCACCUGCCAGGUGCGCACCUCCUACCUGCCUGAUGAGAUCCUGUGGGGGUACGAGUUCCCCCCCGUGGUCUCCCUGUCCCCGUCUGGGAAGUAUGUGGCGGACUUCACCUUCUUCGACAAGGUGGACAAAAUGAAAACCCCGCCCCUCUUCAAACAGGCCCCCCCCCCCAGCCCGGCCAUGCACUUGUCCCGCAGUAGCAGAGGGGGCGCAGAGAAAGGGGCGGACCCAGAGAAGAUGAAACUAGAGGAGAGCUAUCGAGGGGAGGAGAGGGGGAGGGGCAGGGGGAGAGACAGUAGCCCCCUCAGUGUCCGUAUCAGUAAUGUAUAGAGAGAGAGAGAGGAUGGAGGGAAAGAGAGAGAGAGAGAGAGAGCAUGAAUGAGAUGGAAUGAGAGAGUUAUGAGAAAGGAGAAAAGAGAGGAGACUGUAUGGAGAUUGAUAAAUUAUCAAGUGAGAAUAAAGAGUUGAAUGAAAGAGAGACGAGCUGCUCCUCUGUUGGGAAAUGUGAACACACACACACGCUCCUUUUUCGGACUUGAUGCGAAUAUAUCGCCCCCUUGUGGUUGGUAAGGAUUCAACAGGUGAUAACCUUCAAAGGAUCAAAAUACAUCCCAUUUGUGUCUACUGUCCUGUAAUCAAAGACGGACCAAGAAAGCUUUUUAAACUUAAUUUGUCUGUAUUUUUUAUAAGAAGACUUGUGUGACUGGAAAGGUCAAGGUUGACUGGUUUACCAGGACAAAACAUGGUUCACGAGGACAUAAUCAAAAGAACCAUGCAGUGGAGGCUGCUGAGGGGAGGACGGCUCAUAAUAAUGGCUGGAACAGAGUAAAUGGAAUGGCAUCACAUGGAAACCAUGUGUUUGAUGUAUUCGAUAACAUUCCACUUAUUCCACUCCAGCCAUUACCACAAGCCCAUCUUCCCCAAUUAAGGUGCCACCAUCCUCCUGUGGAAUCAUGGUACUGUUACUGUUUUUAACACAGAAAGGUACUCUGUCUGCAGGACAUGAGAGUGGAAAUACUGCAGAAAAAAAAUUACAUUUUUCUUGAAGGAUUUUGAUUGAAUAUAUGAUAUUGUAUGCAUACUGUAUGUAUCGGUCCAUAACGAUGCGAUAUCCAGCAGUACUUAUUCAUCUGAGUAUAUGCUUAGCAGGGUUGUGGUCCAUUCCAUUUAAAUUCCGGUCAAUUCAGAAAGUAAACCAAAUUCCAAUUCCAAAUUGUCAUUGUCACUCAUUGAAAAGCACUGAAGAGAAAUGAAAUUGGAAUUUCAGUGUACUUCCUGAAUUGACUAGAAUUGAAAUGUAAUUCAUUCCAACCCUGAUGUUUAGUGUUUCUGUUAUUUUUUUAUUAUUUUUCACAGGAAUAUAUGUAUUGGAGAUGUAUGUUAACAAUACUAAAAGCACUUUAACUUGAUGGUGUAUGUGUACACAAGCAUGUUUAUAUGUUUCAGUCAAUGUGCGUGCGAGACAGCAUGUAUGUGUGUUUUAACAUAUGCAUGUUCAUAUGUAUGUACUUGUUAUUCAUCCUUAGACUGUACUUCAAUACCUGAUCACUCCAGUGGUCCUUCUAAAACGUGCCACUAAACUGUGCCUUUUGAUGUGCCAGUGUCUGUGCAGUCGAGCAUCAGAUUUCAAUAUCAUAUGGUGUGGUUAGCUGACAUGUUAAACACCUAUCCACUCGUUGUGAGAUCUGGCAGGCGUCUGCAAUGAAGUCAGGCAAGAAUGCUACCAUUGCCUGUGAUUGGUUAUAAUGUGUUGGCCAGGCCAGGUCCCAUCUGUAAUACUGCAACCUCAUCACCCUAACAGAUAAUAUACUAUGAAGUGUUGCCCAGGCCAGGUCCCAUCUGUAAUACUGGAACAGAUAAUAUACAAUGAAAUGUCUGUUUUUAAUAAAAGUGCAGAUUUACAACA